AUGGCUUUGGUAAGAGAAGAGGAUGGGUUUACUUUACAAGCCGAGCAUUUUGAGGAGCAGAAGAAAGGAAUCAAGAACCACUACUCGUCGCCCGCCCACCCACAAGCCAAUGGACAGAUUAAAGUUAUGAACCGAUCUUUGCUCAAGAUCAUUAAGACUCCGCUCGAGGGGACAAAAAGCAUAUGGCCGGACAAACUACCAAGUGUUUUAUGGGCAUACCAGAUAACAGCAAGGACACCUACGGAGGAGACAUCAUUUCGAAUAGCAUACAAAAGCGAGGCAAUCAUCCCAAUAGAAGUAGGGUUCACAAGCUACCGAGUGGAGAACUAUGACGAGAACAAAAAUGAUGAAGCUAUACGCUUGCAACUUGACCUGGUGGAUAAGGUCCGGGCAAUAGCUGAGCAAAGGUUGGUACAAUACUAG